AUGUGGUCUGCCUUUGUCGUCGGUCUAUUGGCGCUUGCAAGCAAGGCAUUCGACCGCAUUGCCAUCAUCUGGUUGGAAAACACCGACUAUGAUCUGGCGAUUGGCGACCCAAAUUUAGCCUACUUGGCUAAAAAGGGUAUUACAUUGUCCAACCACUUCGCCGUCACGCAUCCCAGCAUGCCAAACUAUGCAGCUGCCAUAUCCGGUGACUACUUUGGUAUCAACCACGACAACUUGAUCAACAUUCCCUCCAACGUGUCCACCAUUGUGGACCUCCUCGAGGAGAAAGGCGUCAGCUGGGGGGAGUACCAGGAGGACAUGCCGUACACCGGCUUCACAGGAUUCGAGUACAAGAACCAACAGACCGGUGCGAAUGACUACGUCAGGAAGCACAACCCAGCCGUGCUGUACGACUCUGUGGCCGACAAGCAGGACCGUCUUUCCAAGAUCAAGAACUUGACCUUGUUCCAGGAGGAUCUGAAGGCGGACAAACUUCCACAAUGGAUGUUCAUCACUCCCAACAUGACCUCCGACGCUGGAACCUGGACUCGAAAUUUCCUUGAACCUCUUCUCAACAACAAGAACUUCAUGAAGAAUACGCUGGUUUUAGUGACAUUCGACGAGAACCACACCUACACCAAACAGAACCGCAUCGUCGGCAUUCUGCUUGGCGACGCUGUUCCGCGUCACUUGGUGGGCACCACUGACGAUACCUAUUACAACCACUACAGUGAGAUUGCCAGUGUCCAAGCCAACUGGGACCUUAACACGCUCGGCCGUUGGGAUGUUGGUGCCAACGUCUGGAAGCUUGUGGCCGAGAAGACCGGCGAUCACCCAAGGCAGUGGUCUGGCAGCAUCCCAUUGAACGACAUGUACUGGAAUGUCAGCUAUGCUGGCCCACUCAACAACAAGAACAACUCUUUCCCGUAUCCUGCUCCUAACGUUGACUUGCAGCACGCAGGCAGGAGAGUCCAGCCUGCCAUCGCCAAGACUUGGAAGGGCUCCAAAUCUGCAUACACGUCUCGACUUGAGAUCCCCGAUGGAUUGCACCCUGAGGGGGAGUUUGCUGUGGUUGGUGGUAACAACCAUCAUCACUACGAGUGA